CGCAGGGAGUGCUGCCGCCCUAGGCGAAGUCGGGCCGCCCAGCGCGAAAGAACCGCCCCCAGCAGCUGCGGCACCCUGAUCGUUUAGCGAGGCAGCCCAGACCCACUUGGGAGGACGGACGCGCGAUGGAUCCCUCCAGUUCCUCACGCUCUCGUCUGCCUGCCGGCUCCACCAGUCCCAGCGCCGUGCUGCACCUCUACUCGAAGGAGCUCAAGAAGUGGGAUGAGUUUGAAGAUAUUUUAGAGGAGAGAAGGCAUGUCAGUGACCUGAAAUUUGCAAUGAAGUGCUACACGCCUCUUGUCUAUAAGGAAAUGAUUCCUUGCACACCAAGUGAUAUUAAAUCUAGUGUUCUCAAUUCUGAAGAGAUUCGUUAUAUUAUUAAACAGCUUUCCAAAGAAUCUCUUCAAUCUGUUGAUAUACUCCGAGAGGAAGCUUCUGAAAUACUGGAUGAAAUGAGUCACAAACUUCGCCUAGGAGCUGUCCGUUUUAUGGCCUUCAUCCUGAGCAAAGUACUUAAACAAAUUUUUUCCAAAGUGUGUGUAAAUGAAGAAGGUAUUCAGAAACUACAACGAGCCAUUCAGGAGCAUCCAGUUGUUCUGCUGCCUAGUCACCGCAGUUACAUUGACUUUCUGAUACUGUCAUUUCUUUUGUACAACUAUGAUUUACCCGUGCCAGUCAUAGCAGCAGGAAUGGACUUCCUGGGAAUGAAAAUGGUUGGUGAACUGCUACGAAUGUCUGGUGCUUUUUUCAUGCGGCGUACCUUUGGUGGCAAUAAACUCUACUGGGCUGUGUUCUCUGAAUAUGUAAAAACCAUGUUACGGAAUGGUUAUGCUCCUGUUGAAUUUUUCCUCGAAGGGACAAGAAGCCGUUCUGCCAAGACACUGACUCCUAAAUUUGGUCUUCUGAAUAUUGUGAUGGAACCAUUUUUUAAAAGAGAAGUUUUUGAUACCUACCUUGUUCCAAUUAGCAUCAGCUAUGAUAAGAUAUUGGAAGAAUCUCUUUAUGUAUAUGAACUUCUAGGGGUUCCUAAGCCUAAAGAAUCUACAACUGGGUUGUUGAAAGCCAGGAAGGUUCUCUCUGAAAAUUUUGGAAGUAUCCAUGUAUACUUCGGAGACCCAGUAUCACUUCGAUCUUUGGCAACAGGAGGAAGGAUGGAUCGGAGCCCCUAUAACUUGGUUCCAAGAUAUAUGCCUCAGAAACAGUCAGAGGACAUGCAUACCUUUGUCACUGAAGUUGCCUACAAAAUGCAGCUUCUGCAAAUUGAAAACAUGGUUUUGAGCCCAUGGGCCCUAAUAGUUGCUGUUCUGCUCCAGAAUCUGCCAUCGAUGAACUUUGAUGCUCUAGUUGCAAAGACCUUGUGGCUGAAAGGUUUAACACAGGCGUUUGGAGGAUUUCUCAUCUGGCCUGAUAAUGAGCCUGCUGAAGAAGUUGUACAGGCCAACAUUCUUCUGCAUUCCAACAUUGCCAGCCUUGUGAAAGAUCAGGUGAUUGUGAAAGAGGACUCUGGAGCAUCAGAAGUGGUCAAUGGACUUAUAUUCCAACAUUUCACUCUCCUCAUGUGCUCAGCUUACAGGAACCAGUUGCUCAAUGUUUUUGUCCGUCCAUCCUUAGUAGCUGUAGCCCUGCAGAUGACACCUGGGUUCAGGAAAGAGGACGUCUACUAUUGCUUUUACUUCCUUCGCGAUGUCUUUUCAGAUGAGUUCAUCUUCCUUCCAGGAAAUGCACUAAAGGACUUUGAAGAAGGUUGUUACCUGCUUUGUAAGUGUGAGGUCAUACAAGUAACUACAAAGGACAUCCUGGUUACAGAAAAAGGACAUACUGUGCUAGAAUUUUUGAUAGGACUCUUCAAACCCUUCGUGGAAUGUUACCAGGUAUGCAAAUAUUUAGUAAAUUCUCCUUGAUUCCCCUGUAUCAGAUAUAACUAGGACCUUUCCACCCUGAACUUGUUUCUGUUUUAAGGGGCCAGUAUAUUCCACAAGUGAAUAGUAGAAGUAUGUACUCAUUGUUUAUAUAGAAGUACAUAUUGAUUGGUUAAUGCAGGAAGUGAUUUCACCUUUUGGGUGAGACCUUACUCUCCACAUUUAGAAAGAUGCUUGUUCCAUUCUGUCCCGUGCGUGUGACAGCUGUUUCACGUUUGGGUUGAGAACUUAUUCCCCACACACAGGCUGAGGCUGGUCCCUCUCCAACCUAUGAAUAUGACAGCUGAAUGACACCCUGAACACAGUGUUCACAUAGUCACAGGCACACGGUGUGUGUGCUAUUUGGCUUACUGUAGCAUGAUAUUGUUCAUGGCAUGUAGCAAGGUCUUUAGUACAGAGUAGAUAUUCAAUUGCAAGACUUGAAUAAUACAUUGUCAUAUAUAUUAUUAAAUACUAUUGUUAGAAAAGCAAAAAACAAAGUACAGGCCAACUGAAAGGUCACCACAGUCUUAAAUGUGAUUAGGGAGAGUAGAUGACAUAUCCACCCACUAAGAAUGGUACUAGGAUUCAAAAGGAAAGGAGUUUGGAGGCAAACUGUAGGAAGGGCCCAACACACUGAGAUGGGACUCUUGGCUCUUGACUCUAUUAUAUGAACACAAAUUAGAGUCAACAGAGAUGAGCUGCCUUAUAGAGUAGUGC